CGUUGUCGUCGUUUAGUUACUGGAAGCGCGGGAAGGAUGAGCAAACUUUUGGGUGAAAUGAAAACAUAGAAAUGAAAACAGUAGGCCUGCAUUACAACCGUAACAAAACUAGGCUUACGGGUAAAGUGUUCUACCUUGACUUGCCACCAAACAAACGAAACUCGAAACUCGAAAAUGACAUCAAAACGCUUGGAGGGACGGUUGAGAAGUUCUUCAGUAAGGACAUCCGCUACCUGGUCAGCAGUAAGCCUGAGGCUCGCUAUGUGCACCGGCUGGCCCAGGAGUCUCCGGUGCCCAGCCCAGAGUCGGGGGUCAGCUCCCCUCGGCCCGGCAGCAGCAAAGACAGACCCCGCGGCAGCAGCUCCCACGGACACCCAGACACUGCGCAGGUGAGUCGUGGGAAGGCGCUGGUUGAGAAGGUUGUGAAGGAGCAGGAGCGCUUCCAGAUGAACAAGAUGUUCUCCGACGCCCUCGAGUGGGGAGUCAAAAUACUGUACGCGGAAGAUUUAAUGGCAUAUAUCGAGAAGAGGAGGCCCAUCAUUUCUGCACAGAAGAAGGCAACCACUGUGGCAGCCAAAAAGGCGGUCAAAGUAACACCUGGUGGAAGGACUUCCUCUCAAAAACACAAUGGUGUCAGGAGGAUUAGUAAGCCGUUUGUGAAAGUGGAGGAUGCAAGUCGGCGCUUCAAGCCUCUGUACCUGCACAUGGCCAACAUGCCCGCGUGUAACUUCAGCUCCGCCCCUCCGGCCAGCCCUUUCUACCAAGAGGAGAGGAAGCCCAACACACACAUGCCAGAGAAGCCUGGUGGUAAGGGUAAGCAGAGGAGGCUAGAGGGGCGGGAGAAGAGGAAGAAUGGCUUCUGUGAGUGCUGUGCAGUCAACUAUGACAAGCUGCAGGCGCAUGUGAAGGGUGAGCGCCACCAGAGCUUUGUAGCGGCUGGCCACCAUUACCAGAGGCUGGAUGCCCUCAUAGCAACGCUGCCCUGGGCCUUCGCACAGGACCCACCACCACACAGGGACAAGCUCAGUGUUUCCACGCUGCUCACUUGUGCUCCAGUCACCAGUCACCGAGCAGAGGAAGCGGGAGGCAACGGAAAAGAGAUCCGCAUGAAAAAAAGAGUAAGACGACAGGAGAGCCAAACUCCUCCCGGCGCCGAUGUUGUUGCCGCUGCAUCGUGUUCAUCAUCCCACCGGAAGCGAGGCAGGGGAUCUCCUAGCCGCCCGACGCACAGAGACUCGACAGGCGAGGCGGCGGCGACCCCGGCGGACGCUCCGGAGACGUCUGUGAGCAACCUGGCGUCGUACGUGUGGGGCUCGUGCCCCUCGCUGUGGAGGGUGAUGAGCGGCUCCCCGCCUCUCCGCUCGGACGCUGCUCCUCAGGCCUUCCUCACGGCCCCGACUGAGGUGACGGACUGCAGUACUACGCAGCAUACGCAGCGUGACAUGGGCAGGGCGUUCCAGCGAGUUUACGGGAACAAAAGGCGCACGCCGUCGGGCAGUGGCACCAACUCGCCUGUCUCUCCUGGCUUUUUGCUGAGAUCGCCGGGAGCAGAGGCGUUUGAUAGGCUGCUACAACACCAGGACUCGCCGGUCGCCCGGACGACGGCGACGCAGAACAAGUCCGCCCGUACCACACUGCGGCGGCAGACCUCGGUACAGAAAAACACUGUAGUGCACAGAGACACAGAGCUGCACAUUGCAGAGGAAAAGUCUGCAGACCUCACGAAACAGGAGUCUGCAUUCGACAGGCUCUUCAACACAGUACACGACCACAGCACACUUGAUAGACAGAACUCAUAUGAGGACCACAGGUUACCGGGCAAACCGGUAGACUCCCACACAACACCAAGGCAGCAACAGGCGACGCACUACGUCAAACGUGUCAGCAGCACACCACCAGGACCUUCCUCCUCAAAGGAGGACCCUGCUGCACACACCACACAGACCCUGCCGUGUCGAACUGUCAGCCCUCCCUCCUCCUCCUCCUCAAAGCGCUUCCCCAAAAGGAUAAAGAGGAGGUCAUCGGGGCACUUCAUCACAGACCAGGACCCUCCCCGUCCCGGACAAACACUAGUGCAACAUGUCACAGACAGCCCCAACCCAGAGACGAGAGAUGACAACAACGACAACGAGGACGUGCAUUCAGAGUCGGGGGAGUGUAGUAGAGCUUCCCUCAGGCGUGUACUGCGGAGGAGGGUCAGGCCGGACCGGAGCUGGAAGAGAGGCCGGUGUGACGUCUCGCUGGGCCCGCCAACCAGCACUCCUCACGGGCAGGCAGCGGCAGCAGAGGAGGAGGAGGAGGAGGAGGGGAUGACCCUCAUGGGGCUCUUCAGAGACGAUGAUGAUGAAGAGUACGUUGACGAUAAACAGAUUCUUCUAAAGCUCUUCCAAGAUGACCAAGACUCUGAUAUGCAGGAAGACUUCCUUGGUUUUGACCUUUGAAAAGGCAUGGGGGGAGGUGUGGGUGUGUGCGUGCGUGCAUGCGUGCGUGCGUGCGUGUGUGUGUGUGUGUGUGUGUGUGUGCGCUGUAAGGGCAGCUAGGAUUGUCUGUGGUGGAAGUGAAACUGAAACCUAUUCCUUAUUUCAGUUGCCAUACUCAAAGCGUAUGCGAAGUCCAGUUGUAUUCUUUUCCCCUUUGAAUGGAUUCUAAUCCAUUGAAUGGAAUGAAGUAGAUCAACGAAAUGAUGUACUGUGUUCUAACAGACAGAUUGUCCUUGUUGACAGAUGUUGAAAUGUUGACAGAUUCUGCACAUGUGCAAUGUACCAGAAUGUAGUGUGACUGGAAGAGGAGGAGGAGGGGAACUCCUCUAAAGCAUCCUGGGAAAAAAAUAAA